UGAUUCCCAAACCAGAAGAGGAAACCUUAGCCAUCUGCCCCGCCCACGGGGCCCGACACCCCAAAGCCUGGGAUUAGGGGCCUAGAGGCUGGAACCGCACCUUGGCCAGGUGUGCAGGAAUAGGACCAGGUGCGCUGCUGCCCCGCCCCAUACUCUGCGAGCCCUGCGUAAUGGCUGAGAGCCCGGGGGCCAGGCCGCGGUUCGGGUUCAGGCAAUGCCCAGAGGGCGGCCAGGCUACCAGGUGUCUCCACUCCCUCGGGACGGCCGGCGGGGCUCUUGGGCGGGGCAAACAGCAGGUGCUGAUACCAGAGCCGCACCGGGGGACUGGACCCCCAGACAGAUGUCACUGCCCGCUGGACCGGCUGAGCUGCGUGGUGCCUCCGGGACGCGUGGGGCGCUGUAGGUGCUCUGGGCCAGACUCCUCUACGAUUCUACUAAACCUGUGGCGGACUCGCUACGCGAGGGGCAGUCAUGGCCGCCGCUUUCGCGCUUCGCUUCCUGCAUCGAGCGCGACUGGCGCCGCGCUGCUCGCACGUUGAACUGCCAUGGGUCCCUCGGCGUGGGCACCGACUGUCGCCGGCCGAUGACGAGUUGUAUCAGCGGACGCGAAUCUCUCUGCUGCAACGCGAGUUCCCUCACGCCAUGUACAUCGAUAGCUACAACAGCCGCGGCUUCACGAUCAACGGAAACCGAGUAUUUGGGCCUUGCGCGCUGCUCCCGCACUCGGUGGUGCAGUGGAAUGUGGGAUCCCACCAGGACAUCACUGAAGAGAGCUUCUCCCUCUUCUGGAUGCUGGAGCCCCGGAUAGAGAUUGUUGUGGUGGGCACUGGAAACAGGACUGAGCGUCUGCACUCCGAGAUGCUACGGGCCAUGAGGCAACGGGGCAUUGCUGUGGAAGUGCAAGACACGCCCAAUGCCUGUGCCACCUUCAACUUCCUGUGUCAUGAAGGCCGAAUGACAGGAGCUGCUCUCAUCCCUCCACCUGGAGAGACUUCACUCACAAAUGUGGGCCAAGCUGCAGAAUGAACCAGGAACUGUCUAGAAGGGCACUGGGAAUUUGCAGAGCACAGUCAUUCCCAGUGUUUUCACUACCCUUGUCAUUCUUGCCAGGAUAAUAAUUCAUACACUUUCCAUUGUGUAUCAGGUGUGUUGCUGGCUGAAGACUGCUGAGUCAGGGGGCUUUUUGUUGGGGGGGGGGCAGUUAAGAAGAAUCAAGAAGGUCACUCAGUGGCACGGUGCCACAUCUGCUUGCUCACAUGCAUUUUUUUUUUUUUUUA